GGAGCUGCAGCCUCUCUUGUACCAACAAACCAGUUGGUGCCCAGUGCUGGUGAGUGAGGAAGGGGGAGAAUGAAGAGAAAUCUGGAGCAUGCUGUGGAGCUUUGCUCCCUUCUGGACCGCUGGCUGGCACCCUGGAUCCUGCUGUGGUGUCCCAAGAGCCUGCAAGGUGCAGAGCACCACCCGAGACCCGCCGCGGCCGCAGACGAGCACCGGAUCCCGCAGCCUCCAGGAGCGGGGUCCAUCCUUCCGCACGGUGCCUGCUCGGCCGGUUAUUCCCCGGUUAUUCCUUUCUGCGAAAAGAGAAAGGGAAAAAGAAAAAAAAACACAACACAAAAAACUAAAACCCAAACACCAAACCAAGCCCUAAUAAAUAAUAUUAGAAGAAGCAAGCGCAGCAACUUGCUUUAAGCAGAGGGCGGUAGAACCAGGGAGCGCAGCCCCCCGGGAAGGGAGGCAGCGGAGGGAGGGCAAGCGGGCACCGGCGAGGCUCGCAGCUCCCCGGGGGUACCGGCGGGUCCGGCGGCGGCGGACGUGAAAGUCCCCUUUAAGUUUCCAUAGAGAGGCCUCCGGGUGUCACAUGAUGGACAUGAUAUAACGAAACAACAUCGUGGGGAGGGACGGAGGGAAGCAGUGGGGGAGCCCGGGGAGGCGGCGGUGCCCCCCGACCCGCCCGCCCGCCCCGGCUGCACCUGUCUCGGCGCGCCGGGAGCGCGGUGUCCGCCCCGCUGAUGGGGCUGCGGGCGGCACCUUCCCCCGGGGAGGAGGAGAAGGAGGAGGAGGAGGAGAAGGAGGCGAGCCGGUGGCGGAGGUAAGUUACCGGCGGGACCGGGGCGGGGGGCGCGGGGUGCGGGCGCGGUGUGUGCGCGGAAGGGAUGCGGGGUGUGUGUGCGCGGGGUGUCCGCGGUGUCCCCGCGGAGCUCCGGGCGUGUGCGCGCCCUCCCGCCCUCCAUGUCCGCAUUCCAGCUCAUGUUGCGCAGAUAAAAUUCAAACUUGAGGUUUUCUGUGGCUGUUCCGUGUCCUCCUGCUGCUGCUGCAGCCAACCUGGAUCCGAAUGCCGUGGCUACAAAGGCUUUUUACUGUCUCAUGCUGGGUCCCUCAAAUCCAAGAGCUACUUGGCAGUUUCCAAGGCAACCACCUGUGGAAUAAUUAAAAAGGAUGAAGUGUUAGAGUGCCAGAUAUAAGGAAUUCUUGCCUGGAGAGAGCAUUUCACUUUCUUCCAUCUUGAAGAAUCAAACGUGCUUCUGUCAGCAAAGUUAAGAAAAAGAAACAGUGGCUGAGUUGCACAAGUGAACCGGGACGACGCAAAAUUGAAAUUCCCUGUUUAUCACAACGGCCAGAUUGACGACCGGGUAUACAUUGCGCUGGCACUCCUGAGGGAUCAGCCAAGUGUUUCUCCAGGGAGAAGAAGAAAGGAACUCUUCGGCUGCCUGUUCUGAGAUUCUGCUUCAAGGAAAGCAAGAGCCCUUCACUUCAAAUCCUCCCGCAAUGCUGAGGCUGCUGCUGCUGCAGGUGUUGGCCAGCUGCCUCUGGCUGGGACACAGUGAGGUGGUGAAGUCCUUUGAAACUUCAUGUCCUCAGUUUUUUUUCCGGGAGAUCCCCCCAAAUGAAGCCCUGGAGCCGCAGAACCCAGCCUGGAUCUGCCAGCGCCACAAGAACCAGUAUUACUUUGCCACCCUGUAUGACAGGACGAUGCGUAUUCCUGUCUACUCUGCUUACAUCUACCAGCCUGGACCUGGCAAAAGACCUAGAACAUGGCUGGUUGAGCCCCAGCUGAUUGGCCCAGCUUUUCCCAAAACUAUGGAAAAAGAGUGGACACUCUUAAAUCGAUACAAUGUCAGCUUAGAGAAACUCAGCCAGAGCCAGGCUAUCCUUCAUGACUACAAGAACCUGACGGGUUUGAACCGGGGCCAUUUGAACCCCAAUGGCCACCACGACGACUACAGCAGCAGGGUGGCCACCUUCACCCUCACCAACAUCGUGCCCCAGGAUGAGAAACUCAACGGCGGUGCCUGGAACAACUACGAGCAGCAAACGAUGAUCAGGAGGACCCAGGGAUGUAAAACCACCUAUGCCAUCGUGGGUGCUGUGCCUGGGAACAACUACAUCGCCAAGGGCAGGGUUAAUAAACCCAGCCACCUCUGGGCAGCUGCCUGCUGCGUGGUGGACAACAGCUACAUAAAGGCGUGGGCGGUCAUCGCUGAGAAUGACAAGAACCAGGUUGAGCUCCUCACGCUGGGGGAGCUGGAGGACACCUUAACUGAGCUCUAUGGGAGGGGACAGGUUUCCCUGUUUGACAGUGACUGUCCCCGGGAAUAAGCCUCACAUCUUGGGUGGAACAGGCUCAGGAGCUUUUGUCACAUGUCAUAGAAUCACUGGUUUGAGCUGGAAGGAAUUUCAAACACCAUCCAUGUAGUCUCAGCUCCCUUGCCAUGGGCAGGGACACCUUCCACUAUCCCAGGUUGCUUCAAGCCCUGUCCAACCUGGCCUUGGACACUGCCAGGGAUGGAGCGGCUACAACUUCCCUGGACAACCUAUGCCAGGGCUUCGCCACCCUGACAGUAAAGAAUUUCUUCUUAACAUCUAAUCCAACACCUGCUUUCAGUUUAAAGCCAUUCGCUCUUGUCCCAGCACUCCAUACCCUUGUCCAAAGUCCCUCUCUCUUUUAAAACCCUUUAGACACUGGAAAGGGUCCAAGUUCUCCCAAGAACCUUCUUUUCUCCAGGCUCUCUCACCCUCAGCUCUCUCACCCUCUCUCCAGAGUAGAUGUGCUCCAGCUCUUGGAGCAUCUUUGUGGACUCCUCUGGACUCCACUCCAACAGCUUUGUGUCCUUCUUCUGUUGUGGAUCCCAGAGCUGGAGGCAGCACUGCAGGGGUCUCACCAGAACAGAGCAGAGGGGAACAAAUGGAUUGUAGAAGAGAACAAGACAACCCAGGACUCCCAAAGGCCUCUGAGUCUUUUCCAGGAAGGUCUGUUCUCUCAGACUUUACAUGAUAUCUAAUUUCUAGUAGGAAGUGAGAAAACCUGUCUUCAGGAAAUUUAUCAAUAAAAGAAUACCCACUGCAACGUACUUUAGAGUAGUUUAGAGACUAACAAAACAAUUUCUAUGCCAACUGUGUAAUUUACUAAUAAAACCUCGUGAAAUUUUA